UGUGUUGCUAUUCUUGGACACGGACGCCGAACCCGAAUUCCUGAACGCUCCCACACGCGAAGAGUACGACAAGGCAAACGACUCCAGUGGCACAGACAGCAGCACAAGCAGUGAUGGGGAAAGCUCAUCUGAGGAUGAUGACAACGAUGGAGAUAGCAGCAGUGACAGUGACGAGGAGAAAGAGAAGGAUGACGAUGGGAGGGGAGAGAG